AUGGGAGGCACUUGUUGCAAGGCAACCUUCGACCCUAACAGAGUACAUAUCAAAAAGAUCAAUGAAAUUUUCAGCAACUAUUUAAAGAAUCAAGGAAUUGAUCCUAAGCAGGGAAGAGGUUCAGAUCAGCUUAACUCAGCAAUGGCUGAGAGUAUUGAUAGACAUGCAAAAGGAUCUUGCAGAGACCUUAUUUCACUUAUGUAGAUUAAUAAGAAAUUCAUCUAGAAGAUCUGUACAGUUUUGUGUAAAAGAAUUCAGGAACCUACCUAUAGCAACGAAUUGAAACUUCUUGGACUAGUACUAAUACGAGAGCUUAUUUUAACUCCAAUAAAAAAGAGAGAACCAAGGUCUAGAAGUUCAGGAGGAAAUGCACAUCGUUCAGUGCACAAUGAAUAUAUUUUCUGCAUUUCAAAUGAGAAGUAGAUUUUCAAAAUUCUUUCUGAGACUGCUCAAGAACAGAAGUAGGCAAACUCAAAUGCUCCAUUCUUUAUAUAUGAAUCACUCUUAAUAUUUAACAUCUUGCUGACAACUCUUUAGAAGUCGAAGCUGCCAUUCAGUGAAGAUGAAUUCCUUGAAUUCCUCCAACCUUACUUAAAUUAUUAGGAUAAAGAUAGAGAUUAAAGAGACUAAGGUCAUACCACAUUAUAAUAGCUAAUAUAGUUCGAGACAUAUAAAGGAUUCUUUAAAAUAGUUUAAUAGAUGAAGGAAAGCAAUUUUAAGCAAAAGUUUCAGCUUAUCUUUAAGCUGACUUGGAGUUUGAUUCUCAAGGCCCAACUGUCUAUUCAAUAAUUAAAGACAAUGGAUUCUUAGUAAGAUUCAGCACUAAAUCUAGAUGAAAUUGUACUCUCAGAGGUGCCAGCCAUCCCCUCUUAGCUAGCCGUUUCAAGAUCUAUUGUCAGUCCUGACAGAAAUAACUUAAUUGAUAGAUAAUCAUAAAUAUCUCAUUAAAACACUUCAAUUCAAACUUAAAAUAUGCUAAAUCAGAUUGGAUUUGACAUCUUAAAACACAUAAGUAUGAGAGUAUCAACAGAUACGGAGAAUGAAGACUUAUAUCAAAUGUUUUUACUGCCAAUUUUCGAGUACUUUGACACUUAAGAUAAAUGGUUUUCUACCAGAUUCGCCAAGUUUACAUUUCUAACUAUUAUUUACAAUAGCAAGCAGAAUACUUCUAAAGAUGAGACAAAUACAUUAAGUGUCAAUAAUUUGAUUUUUGAAAAUGCUUAACUUGUAGAGGCUAACAAUUAAAAACAAAUAGAUUUUAACAUGCUUGACUACGUUCUAGAGUACUUCCUCAAAUUUUUAGCCUUGGGAAUCAAGCAAGAAAGAAUUGACAGUUAAUCACCUAAACUCAAUUACAAGGAAGUCGAAAAGCUAGUUUUUAUUAAGAGGAAUUUGCUUGAAGUAUUUUGUGAAAUUAUGAAGUUAAUGACAGAGGACUCUAAUAUAAGAUAAUUUAACGGUAUUAGAUAUCUUGAGGAGAUUUAUCAUCUAAUCCUUUACUUUAGCUCUUAUCAAAUAGAAACUGCUCUUUAAUAUGAAAUUGAAAAGCAAAUUAGGAUAUAUAGCGAGACUUAUCUUUCAAAAAUAAAUGACUCUGAAUAACUCAUCAACAUACUAGAUUUCUUUGUAGCUUCGAUUCAAGAAGAAGUCCUUACUCAAAAUAAUAACUAGCUUUUACAAUUAAUAAAUGAAAGCAAAGUUAAGAAUGUGCUGAGACUCAUUGAGGCUGAUUUGUAUUUCAUUUAGGCAUAUCUAGAUUAAUCAGGGGAUUCUGGGGAGAAUCAACAGUCAGAAGGUAGAUCUGUAUAACGAAGAAGAAGUGGAAUUAAAUUUAAGAAGAUCAAGGAGAGUCACCUAAUUUUGAUGAUUAAUUUAGCAACAAGAUGUCUAGAUGAUGGUCACAGUUAAUUAGUUGAAACUGCUCUGCUUAUUUCGGUUUAAAUGAGUCAGGCAAACCAAGAACUAGGUUUUACUGACUUGAGAAGUAAAUCUAUGAGUCUAGAUCAUGUUUAGAGGCAGUUGUUCAGUUUAACAGAUUUUAUUAAGACUGACUUAGAAUCAUUAAAUGAAGACAAAGGAUAGUACUCGCUCUCGAUUUAUGAGAUAUGGAGGUAGAUCAUAGUAUCAUAGGAUAAAAAUACUGAAGUUCAUCCACUUUUCUAUGCAUUUAUCUUGCAUGUCCAAGUAUUUUUUCAAGUUUCAUUUAUAAAUUUAGAGUGCCAUUUAAAGACUGAAUAUUUCUAAAAAAUCAGAGAGCAAAUAUCGAAUUUUACUCUUCUUUAUUUGCAGCAUUUCUGCUAUAGUCCUUGA